AUGAAAAACUUUCCUGCAUUGAAAAAACCAAAUGGUUUUAACCUUUUGAUUGAAGACUUCAACUUUCUAUAUCCUGAUAAAAAAGAAAAUCUUUUGCAACAUUUUCCUGUAUAUAAAGAAAAAAUAUUAAACCUGGGGAAAAAAAUAUCCGAUAACCUUAAAGAUUCUACUUUAAAGUCCAUUUUAAGUGAAUAUCUAGAUCUGAAAUCAGAAAUUGAAGAAACUUUAUCAUUAGCAGCCUUCCUCGUUCUUCCAUUUCUCUUUUUACCAAUAACAACCAAGAGGAAAAAGGGACAACCUGCCUGUAGACCAUCAAAAGUUGAAGUCAGAGAUAGUUUUAUCACUCAUUUAAGGUCACAUUCUGAAGUUAAGGAAACUAUUACAAGGCGUAAAGAAAAGUAUGCUCGUUUGGGGAUCACUUUGCAGCCACUAGUAAUAAUGGUAGGACCUGAUAUAAAUUCAAUUUCACAAUAUUUUGUUUUUGUUGAUGAAACAUACUAUGUUUUAAACUCGAUUGUUCAUGCAGUUGAUUGUUGUUUUAAAGUUAUACACGCUUUAAAUCUACAGUAUCCUAUAGAAUGUUUACCCGUAUGGACUUUUAUCCAAAAAGGAUUCUACAAAAUGAAAACAUCUUGGGAUACAGAAUAUGUUUCAGUAAAUUCUCUUCUCAGUGAUCUAGAUAUAAAUGAAAUUUCAUAA